AUGUGCAACGAUCAAUCCGCACCAUCGGUUAACCACGGACCGGUCAUCGUGGUUGAUGAAUUCAGCGAUGAUGCUUCAUCUGAUAGGGCAACUAGCAUUGCGUCUUCCAGUACAAGUCUGUCCAGCUCAAUCCUCCAGCAUCGUAUCGAGAACGGGAGGACGUAUCACAAGUACAAGGAAGGCAAAUACAACUAUCCGAAUGAUGAGAAGGAGAGCGACAGGCUUGAUCUUCAGCACAACCUGUAUCUACUCACGCUCGACUACAAGUUGGGUCUUGCUCCCCCGAAUGAGAACAACAAAGCCCAGCGUGUGCUUGACAUCGGAACUGGAACCGGGUUGUGGGCCAUUGACUUUGGAGAUGAACACCCCGAGGCCGAGGUGCUCGGGAUAGAUCUCACACCAGUCCCCACGGCAUUUGUCCCUCCCAAUGUCAAGUUCGAGGUCGAUGAUGCUGAAGAGCCUUGGACCUUCAGUCAGCCAUUUGAUUACAUCCACAUUCGUGGUAUGACCUCAAGCAUCGGUGAUUGGAAAAAGUUUUUCCAAAAGACAUUCAACAACCUUAAGCCAGGUGGCUACGUCGAGCUGUUUGAAGGUCACAUGCGGCCAGACUGUGACGAUGGGACGUUGACGUCUGACCACGCUUUCAUCAAGUGGGACCCCCACUACAAGGAGCUUGGCGAGUGGAAUCUCGAGAAUUUCCUCGAGGGCAUCGAGGGAUGGAGUAUGGCUCCUUUGACCAGGGCCCUCCAAUGGACGAAGGAGGAAGUCAACGUUUUCCUCAUUCAAGUGAGGAAUGACUUGAAGGAUAGAAGAAUUCACGCCUACACACCCCUCUACUUGAUCCACGCGAGAAGACCUCCUGCGACCGAGGCUUGA